AUGUCUAGGUUCUUCGAGGAAGAUCUGGUAGCCUUCAAGUGCGAUCCUUCGCUUUUGGGUAUUAUUGCCCGAUCAUGGCGAGAUUUAGAUCAAGAACCCUCAGAGACAUACACAUGGUAUUUCCACGAGGACGUACCCCGUGACGUGGAGUCUGUCUUGCUACGAGAGGGCCGGCUUUUACAGGGCUAUGUGAUGAUUGAAUUUCCCAACUUUGCUGACGAAUUUUGCCUAGUCAACGAGAAGGCUUUAAGACUUGUCGACCGAAGCCUUGCUGUAGGAGACCUUGUCAAACGUAGCAUCUCUGAUAUUCAGAGCGGAACUGUCAUCUCUACAUCCAUGCGAUGCAAAAUUCAACCAUGCUGCUCUCUCUCCCUUUUUCAUAAUGACUUGGGUAAUAUGAGGGUUUCUAGACAAGCUAAUCUUAGUUUGACUCCAGCAUGUGGCGACUCUUGUAGUAUUGAUUCGGACCUUGAGGUUUGGGCCUCAGAGCUGAAAGAUCAUGGCGACUACCGCGAAGAGGAUUUCAUUGCCUACAAAGACUGGAUAGGUCAAAUUAUGACGACCGUGGCUGAGAUUACUAUUCGCCUUACUAAUGGGAGCGUGGUGACUGUAGACGAUCCACAAGAUGUGUAUGAGCCAACGUUUUACGAAGGCUCAAUGUCUGCGCGUUAUGUUCAACACCUGGCUCGCGCCCGCUACCACUGGGAUGACGAGAAUGGUUCCAAAAGUAGACUGUAUAACAAUCCCUUGAGUGGUUCUUGUUAUCCUGGUCAAAUAGUCCAAACCAAGAAGGCCAAUCUCAGGAAAGGACGCUGGAGAUUUGGUGCUUACAGCCCGAACAUUCCGCCUUUUGGUAUGGUCUUGGAAUCAAGAACGGUGGAGAUAGAUGUUGAAUGGUUAUAUCCAAACAUUCUCAAAGAAAGAGUUUCGCAUGCGGCUCCGUCUGCCAUACUGACGACCGACGAUAUCAAUAGUGGUCACAUUCGAGUUUACGACCGCAGCAAAUUGCCCAGCAAACCCUUGAGUCUCCAGCUUGCAAACGCAUCAUAUAGUCCUGACAUAGGCCUUGGAAGCUUCGUGAGAUUCAAUGGUUCUGACAUUGCGGGCGAGAGCUAUAAAGAAAUUGCAGAGAUUGGCCUCUAUCAAAUACCCCGAGUUCAGACUCAAGGCUUUGACAUGAACGUUUUCCGAGUCACACAUACUAAGACAAAUGUUAUGGUGCAAUGGCAGGACGGUUCGAUCAGCGAGGAGGCCGCCACAAGUUUGGAUCAUUACGAAAACUCAGAUGACCAUGAUGUUUGGCCAGGUGACAAGGUGUCUUUCCAGCCUGACGAAAAGCGUCAAGUGGAUGGCUCAAGCGAACUUAUCAUCACGAGCAAGGUUGGGGUUGUUCAGUCGGUAGAUGCAGAAUCCCGGAUCGCUCAGGUGCACUGGUAUGAGAAGCCAAAUGUCACUUUGGAAGCUCAGCAUGCAUUCUCGCCAGAGCCAAUGUCAGAAUUUGGGACAAUGAGCGAAAAUAUGUCCGAUGUCUCUUUGUACGAGAUAUACGCUCAUCCAGGCCUCUCCGUGUGCCGUGGCAACAUGGUCUUCGUCUUACCUGAAACCAGGCAACUCAAUCUACAAGACGUAAAAUCGGUCUUAAGUCGAGAUACUGACAAUCUUUCUCAAAGGCUACCGACUUUUAAUCGAAUAACAUUUCCUCCAUUGCUGUCCGAGGACGACAACCUCGGCUUGGAUAAUUCGCAGUUAGGCACCUUUGAUUACGCAGUGAGCCGAGCCUUGCAUUCGCAGUUGGGGUCAGCAUCAGUGCAGAAUCACAAGGAGCGCGAACGUACCGGUGCGCUAAAUAAGGAUGUGUCGCGAUUUGAGACGACCUAUUGUCUUGGUGAAGUCACGGACCUAUGUUCUAAUGGCGAGAUCCUCGUUCGACUCGGCUUGACUCCGGACGCCCUCGAGAUUCGAGCUCAUCCGGACCUUGUCGUACUUGUGGCUGAGGGCGACACUGCUGACGACGCCUCAGAUAGCUCUGAAGAUAGCGAGGAAUGGACGGAAUCUGACACAGAGAGUGUGGCCGGUUUGCAGACGCAGCCUGAUGAGACUUCGUCCAAUAGCAGCGACUGUAUGAUCGUUGGCACCAGCGGCGAAAGCAAUCAGCAAUCCGAGACGAGUGAGCAGCUAUCCGACCGCGAAGAUGGUGCAGCUUUGAGCGUAUCACCUGCGAUCAUGUCAAUAGAUGUCCGGUCCUCGAACAAUGAGCCUGAUAUCUCUCUCAAUGACAGCUCCUUUGGUGUCCCUGUGUUAGAACAUCAAAAGAGUGUUCCCGCACUGUUUGAAGUUCUCGAUGGUGCGCCGCCUCAGGACCAUUACUUCGCAGACAAAGUCGCUGAGCUUGACCCAAGCUUGUUGCGCCGAAUCGCAAGAGAACACACAAUCCUAAAGACGUCACUGCCUGAUGGGGUCUAUGUCAGGUCAUGGGAGGCACGUCUGGAUUUAUUGCGCGUCCUGAUCAGUGGACCGGUCAGUACGCCAUAUGAACACGCGCCAUUCGUUUUCGAUAUGUACUUGGGGUCUGACUUUCCAAUUUCUCCACCAAAGACAUUCUUCUAUUCAUGGACCAGCAGUAACGUGCGGAUAAAUCCUAAUUUGUACGAGAACGGUACAGUAUGUCUCAGUCUUCUUGGUACCUGGAACUCAGAGAGAGAUAAUGAGGCUUGGUCCCCCAGGUCGACAACACUACAAAUCAUAGUCUCAAUUCUUGGACUCGUCCUCGUACGUGAGCCUUACUACAACGAGGCAGGCUAUGAAGCCUUGGUCAACACGCCCGACUCACGUUUACCGUCAGCCUUGUACAACGAAAAAGCAUAUGUGAUGUCCAAGAAUUUCGUAAAGGUCGCACUGAUGACACCACCUUCAGGAUUAGAAGCUGUGGUUCAAUGGCUUUAUGUCGAUAUUGAAGGACCAGAGCUAUUACGACGCAUAAUCGAUGACUGCCAACGUCUAGAGACAAACUCAACUUCACGGGCAGCGACAGAGACAGGGAAUAUGAUAUCACACCCUGAGGAAGAAUGGGCAAGGGAUAGGCUUAGUACGGGGGCCUUGAUACCAUUGAAGAGCAGCCUCAAGUGGCUUGUAGAAUUCUAUGAAGCUCACGCUUCGACAGAUGAUGACUGCCGAGGGUUGGUCUAUCGGAACACAGCGACGCCAAGUCCAGUACGGACGUACCAAAGCCACUUUCCACGCGAUCCUGACCUUCACCACCCCGCACCAUAUAAUCCAGAACAGGAGCCUUCAGUACCUGCUCCUUCGACGGAGACGACAACCGCAGUACCAACGUUAGAAGAUUCAUCUGCCUCGGGCGUUGAGGGAACAUGGGGCGAGCGAGAUGUAGGCGGCCCUGUCAGCCACCGCGUUGCGAUGGAAGAUUACGAGGAAAUGAGGCGAGAAUUGUCAAAUCUGUCGCCCAAGAAGUCAAAGGCUAGUUUCAAGAGCGAGAAGAAAAGCAUGCACAGAGCCAAGACAAGUCAAAGUGCCAAAUCCGUUCCUCCUGCACCUACGAGUCCAAUUUCAUCUGUUGCAACAGGCGAGAAAGAUCUUGAGGCAGGCGAUGCCGAUUUAGCAGCUGCAAAAGAGAUGGGUUUCGAGCUUGGACCUUUCAUACAGGAGGGACACUUUGAGAGACGGAACACGAGAGGAGAAUCAACGAAGAAAGUAGGGGUCAUCUUCAAGGAUCUGACCGUAAAAGGCCUAGGACAGACCAGGGUUUACGCGAAAACCCUACCGGAUGCAAUAAUAGGAACCUUUGGACCUGAUCUAUAUCGCCUCGUUUGUCGCUUUAUUCCCGCUCUAAACUUCAAUAAAAAUCCCCAAUUACGAACCCUCACUAACGAUUUCACUGGGGUGGUGCGGGAUGGCGAAAUGAUGCUUGUCUUGGGAAGACCUGGAUCUGGAUGCACUACGUUCCUCAAAGCCAUCGCAAACAAGCGUGAGGAAUUCAUCUCGGUCACAGGCGACGUCUCGUAUGGCGGCAUCAGUGCCAAGGAGCAGAACGCACAUUAUCGUGGGGAGGUAAAUUACAAUGCAGAGGAUGAUCUCCACCUCCCGACUUUGAAUGUGUGGCAGACCCUGCUUUUCUCUCUCCUAAAUAAGACGAAGAAGAGGGAACGGGGCGAAGUAAACAUCAUAGUCGACGCGCUGAUGAAAAUGUUUGGCAUAUCACACACUGCCAAGACUCUUGUCGGUAAUGAAAUGGUACGAGGUAUCUCUGGUGGUGAGAGGAAGCGAGUCUCGAUAGCAGAAACUCUAGCCACGAAAUCUACUGUCGUUUGCUGGGACAACUCGACGCGGGGUCUUGACGCCUCUACUGCUCUAGAUUAUGCAAACUCGCUUCGCAUCAUGACCGACGUUAGCAACCGUACAACUCUCGUCACACUCUACCAGGCCGGUGAACAGAUAUACGAAUUGAUGGACAAGGUUCUGGUGAUUGAUGAAGGGCGCAUGCUGUAUCAGGGUCCUGCUAGCAAAGCGAAGCAGUACUUUGUUGAUCUCGGUUUCUAUUGCCCAGAACGAGAAACUACCGCAGAUUUCCUGACGUCCGUCACCGAUCCGGCGCAACGUAGUUAUCGCGCAGGCUUCGAAGCCUCCGCUCCCAAGACUGCUGCAGAAGUCGAGCAAAUCUUCAGGGAAAGCGAUGAGUAUAAGGAAAUGUUAGGUGACGUUAAAGACUACGAAACCCAUCUUGAAGAGACUGGGCACUUAGAUGCCCGUGAGUUCAAACAGAGCGUAAAACACCAACAGUCGAGACAUGUCUCGGAGAAGUCGAAUUUCACUGUCAGCUACUGGCGUCAGGUUCUAUCCUGCACACGUCGAGAGUAUUGGCUUGUCUUGGGAGAUCUGAUAACCCUGAAGACCAAAUUUUUCGUCAUAGUGAGCAAUGGGCUCAUCGUGGGGUCUCUUUUCUACGGAACGCCUCACGAUACCUCAGGCGUAUUCUCUAAGGGGGGCCUGGUCUUUCUUUCCAUCGUCUUCCUCGGAUGGUUACAGCUUGGGGAGCUUCUCAAGGCGGUGACUGGCAGAGCCGUCAUUCAAAGACACAAAGAAUAUAGCUUCUACCGUCCAAGCGCUGUUGCACUUGGUAGGGUCCUAGCUGAUUUCCCGAUGAUUCUCGCCAUGACAACUCCAUUUGCGAUAAUUAUGUACUUCUUAGGAGGUCUCCAAUCGGACGUAUCCAAAUUUUGGAUCUUUUAUAUCUUUCUCUACACCACGACCUUUACACUCACAUCGAUAUACCGCAUGUUUGCCGCUUUGUCACCCAACGUCAACGACGCGUUAUUACAUCAGAAGAUAUGGUUUGGCUGGCUUUACUACAUCAACCCAUUGACGUAUGCUUUUGAAGGUGUCUUGUCCAACGAAUUUUAUCACCAGGUUCUGCCAUGCUCAGCCCAGCAGCUCAUCCCGCAAGGGCCGGGCGUAGAGCCUCAGUUUCAGGGGUGUGCUGUCACAGGGGCCAGGGCCGGGAAUCCGAGUAUCACAGGGGACCAAUAUCUUGAAGCCAGUUUCUCCUACUCUCGGUCACAUUUGUGGCGAAACUUUGGUGUGAUGAUUGCCUUGACAAUUCUUUAUAUUGUUGUUACUCUCAUCGGUUGUGAGCUUUUCAGUUUUGUUGGUGGCGGUGGCGGCGCGCUGGUGUUCAAGAAAGGUGCCAAGUCUCCCGCGCCCUCAACAACGAAGGCCGUUGAUCCCGAGAAAGCUGGCGACUCAGGAGAUAGCAGCUCAUCCAGUGGCGUACUUAGCGAAAAAGGACUUGCGGCUGGCACGAUCCCCAAAACAACAGAGAGCGAGAGCGUGCUCACUUGGACCGAUGUGAAUUAUUCGGUUCCAUACGAUGGUGGCGAGAGACAACUACUUACUGAAGUCCACGGAUAUGCAAAACCUGGGGUGAUGGUGGCUUUGAUGGGUGUCUCAGGUGCUGGCAAAACCACACUUCUGAAUACCUUGAGCCAGCGCCAGUAUUUUGGAAAGGUAUCAGGCAACCUCCUCAUGGAUGGUCGUCCCCUUGGACCCGAGUAUCAACGUAUGACUGGCUAUGUGGAGCAAAUGGACAUGCACGACAGCACAGCCACAAUUCGUGAAGCUAUUGAGUUCAGCGCGAUUCUUCGGCAAGAUCGAGAUACUCCGAAACAGGAAAAGUUGACCUACGUUGAAGAGAUCAUAGAUUUGCUCGAGCUUCGGGAGAUUCAGGAUGCCUUGAUUCUCUCUCUUGGAGUGGAGCAACGCAAAAGAGUCACCAUCGCUGUCGAAUUAGCCGCCAAACCGUCUCUUCUAUUCCUUGAUGAACCCACAACCGGCCUUGACAGCCAGUCCGCCUUCACCGUGAUUCGCUUCAUUCAGAAGCUUGCUCGCGCCGGCCAUGGCGUCAUAUGUACCAUUCAUCAGCCCUCCUCUGUGCUAGUACAGCAAUUCGAUAUGAUUCUUGCGUUGAAUCCUGGAGGCCAGACUUUUUAUUUCGGUCCAGUCGGUGAGAAUGGGGCAGCAGUCAACAAAUAUUUUGCUGAGCGUGGCAUUGAGUGUCCACCACAGAAGAAUAUCGCAGAAUUCAUACUUGAGACAGCUGCUAAGGUCAGCAAGCGGAAGGACGGCAAACGGAUUAAUUGGAACGAGGAAUGGCGCAACAGUCAAGAAAUCAAAGAUCUCGUGGUGGAAAUUGAACACAUCAACAAUGAACGCUCGAAAAUUGCGCCCAAGGAAGCUUCGACUCAGCACGUUUUCGCGUCUCCUCUAUGGCUGCAAUGCUACAUGCUGACUAAACGCAUGUUCAUUCAGCACUGGCGAGACCCGUCCUAUUUGUAUGGCAAGCUCUUCGUUGCUGUGCUUAUUGGUAUUAUCAACGGUUUCACUUUCUGGAAUCUCGGUAAUACAUUAGCUGACUUCCAGAAUCGGAUGUUCUCGACUUUCCUGAUCAUUAUCAUGCCUGCCACGGUCGUUAAUGGCGUGGUACCCAAAUUCUACCAGAACAUGGCCCUCUGGCAGUACCGAGAAAAUCCCUCACGAAGCUACAAUUGGUUCGCAUUCAGUUUCGCCUCAACUAUCACAGAAGUUCCUUCCGCCAUCGUCGGGUCAGUCCUCUAUUGGCUACUGUGGUAUCUUCCAGCUGGCCUCCCUCGCGACUCUUCGACGGCGGGUUACGUCUUCCUCAUGACGAUGUUGUUCUUCCUCUUUCAGUCAUCAUGGGGUCAAUGGAUCUGCGCUUUCGCACCUUCCUUUACAGUCCUCUCCAACAUACUACCAUUCUUCUUCGUCAUGUUCAGUUUAUUCAAUGGUGUGAUUCGACCAUACAGCCAGCUAAGCGUGUUUUGGAAGUACUGGAUGUACUAUAUCAAUCCGUCAACUUAUUACAUUGGUGGUGUCAUAUCCGCGACAUUACGCGAUCAGACGGUCAAUUGCGCAUCGAACGAGGUGGCAAGAUUCAAUCCGCCACCAGGCCAGACAUGUGGGCAAUAUGCUGGCAGUUUCAUCGACAGCAUUGGACGUGGGUACCUGACAAAUGUUGACGCCACCAGCGAUUGCGGUUACUGCCAGUAUAAAAAUGGCGUUGAGUAUAUGGCUGGCCUCAACAUCAAACCCAGCGACAAAUGGCACUAUAUGCCGAUCUUCUUGGCUUUCGUUAUCAGCAAUUGGGCCCUGGUGUACUUCUUUAUCUACACUGUAAGGGUGAAGCACUGGGGCUUUGGAGUAGGGUAUAUUUCCCGACCUGUUGGUAAGGUGUUGAAUUUGUUGAUAGUCCUACCUAUAAGCUUGUUGCAUGAAGCCUUGAAUGGGAAGAAGAAGCAGGAUCCAAAUACAUAA